AUGGCAUGUCUAUGUCCUGCUCGAUGCAAGAAGGAAUGGAAGAAGCGAGUUCAAGCAAGCUACUGUCCACGAGACAGGCCCGCCGCUCCACGUCACAUCAUUGGCAGCACAAGCAUGAAUAUCUUCGUCCGAACCGCCAUGGAAAAGAAUAACGGAGGUCGAAAGAUGAUAAUGAUGGUUCUCUACGACUUCAUUCCCUCUACCUACGACGAAUUGAGCGCGAAGAGAGGAGACAGAGUGAUUGUACUUUACGGAGAACUCGACUGGGCCUACGUGAUCAGAGACGACGGAGUUGAAGGAUACUUGCCCUGGUCCUACCUCGCCUCUCCCGCCAAGUGUAGCAGACGAACGAUGUCUACCGUCGAGUCACCAGCUCCCGAUACGACGAACGACGUGUCCUUCCUCACGGUCGCACCCACCAAAGCUCUCAGUUUGUCUACGACGAUCAAUUCUUUGAACGAGUCUGAUGAUUCGAGCUCAUCCGAUUCAGACAUCAAAUCCAUGAAAUGUGUCCGUUGCAGUCCUUCCAAAGACAAUAGCGCUUGCCUUGCAGGAUACGUCGCCAGCACCCCGAGAGACGCAAGCAGACGCCAAGCCAAACGACGAGAAGAGAUUCGAGAUGACAAUACCAGCAGCGGUGUUUCCUCGGACAGUGACAACCCAACAUCACCAACCAACUCGUCACCGAAAUGCAGACUCACGUUCAAGCCCGCCGUCAGCGACUCAGAUUCCGGAUGCGAGGAGACGAACGAAGAUCCAAAGCAGAUGAGAACGAAUAACGUAACAACGCAGAUGUCCCUGAGUAUCGAAACGUUUGAGAAACGACCACUUGGCAACUACAUCGUGAUGUAUCGUUUCGAAGCCUACCAAGAGAACGAUCUGUCCGUCUGUCCGGGAGAAAUCGUGACCGCACUCAACAAAGACGAUCCUGAUUGGUACUGGGUGAAGACACGUGAGGAUGACGAGGGAUUCGUACCAAGUGCCUACCUCUGCGACGUCAAGGGACCCGCCCUACCGCAAGAUUUGGACAGCUAUCAUGCUGAUGAAUCUGCCUUAAUCGAAGAUGACUGCCCCCCGGAUGCUCCUCUCCUUACCUCGACGCCAUAUCGUCCCACCAUGAACAGACGACCGAUGCCCAAGAAGAUGUUGAUCCUUUUCGACUACGAGGCAAGGCAGACCGACGACAUCAGCGUGACGCAGGGCCAGUACGUGUACGCCGACAUGGACAACCAACGUUUUUUUGACUGGAUCUUGGUCUACUCUCCAGUGUCGCAGAAGGACGGUUUCAUCCCGAGAGAUUUCGCCAAGCCACCACACAGUGAAGCAGAAUUCGUCGAGUAA